AUGACAUUGGUUAAAGGGGGCCGUCUCCUCCAUCAAUAUGUUGUGGACGUUUAUACGGCAAUUGAAGAAGAUCGGCUAAGGUGGGCCAGAAAUAAUCAAGAUGUUUUGCGAGCCGAGCUCUACAGUAAUGUACUCGAUGCUGUUAGCAAGGGUGACACUGAUGCUAAAAUUAUUGGAAAAAGGUUCAUACUGCCGCCAAGUUUCACCGGCGGGCCUCGAUACUUAGUUGAGAAAUACCAUGAUGCGAUGGCUAUCUGCAGAGAAUAUGGGAACCCGGAUUUGUUUAUCACAAUGACGGCCAAUCCUAACUGGAAAGAGAUUAAAGAACAUCUUGAGAUAUACGGUGGAGACUCCCCCAAUGAUAGACCAGACAUUGAAUGUCAAUAUUUCGUCUGGAACAACAAUUCCAAAGUCUGGUAUGAACGUAAGAAAGGAAAAACCAUUGGGCGAAUUGUGGCUGUCCAUCCAUCAGUAGGUGAUCGAUACUAUCUGAGGAUCCUCAUCAAUAAGAUUAAAGGUCCUAGAAGUUAUGACGAGCUGAAAACUUUCAACGACGUGAAAUACCCUGACUUCAAAUCGGUUUGCCACGCACGAGGCUAUUUGGAUGAUGAUGUUGAAUGGCUCGAGAGUAUGUCGGAGGGUGCUAGAACAGCCACCCAAUACCAACUCCGUGAUAUGUUUGUCACCUUUCUAAACACUUGCUUCGUUGCAAGCCCCAAAGGACUAUGGGAGCACUCAUGGAAAUCAAUGAGCGAGGACAUACUCCACAAGAGGCAAAAGAUCUUAGGCCACACAAAUCUGGAGCUGGACGAUGAGACCCUUGAGCAGUACACGUUAAUCGAAGUGGAAAAGUUGAUGCGCAUGCAAGACCGUUCUUUAAACGAUAUUAAAGAGAUGCCUAAGAUCAAACAAGUUUUGAAAAAAGAAUUGGGGAACAGGGGUACAGGAAAAACAUUCCUCUAUCAAACCAUCAUAUCCAGACUUUGCUCGAGGAAACAAAUCGUUCGCCCGGUAGCUUCUUCGGGAAUAGCCGCAUUGCUACUACCAAACGGAAGAACAGCUCAUUCACGCUUUAAUAUUCCUUUGAAGAUCGACGAAGAUAAGCUCUGCAACAUCAAACCAGGUAUGAUGCUCGCUGAACUCAUUGAGAAAACGGACCUUAUAAUCUGGGAUGAGGCACCUAUGACGCACAAACAUGCCUUCGAAGCACUUGACAAAACUUUGAAGGACAUAAUGUCUAUGAAAAACCCACACGCAAAGGAUCAAACUUUCGGCGGAAAAACGGUUUUGUUAGGUGGUGAUUUUAGACAAAUCCUACCGGUAGUUCCACAAGGGAGUCGAGCUGAUACCGUCUUAGCUUCGAUAUGUCAUUCAUAUCUAUGGAAUUUUUGCCACAAGUUCCCUUUGAAGACAAAUAUGCGAGUCAACCAGGACGAAAAAGAGUUCUCCGAUUGGCUUCUCAAAGUCGGUGAAGGUCGUCCAGAAUCAGAACAGGUAGGCGCAGACGAUGGCUACCAUGACCAAAUGGUAAAUAUCGAUCCAACAUUGCUCAAAGAGACUAAAGAAGAGUCACUAAAGCAAGUUGUCGAUGCAGCGUAUGGUGAUACCAACCAAAUAGAGGCCUCCAAAAGUUCCUACACCGAUAAAGCUAUCCUAACGCCCAGAAAUGAUACAGUCGAUGAAAUCAAUGCGUAUACAAUCUCCAAAACCACCGGAGAGUCAAAAGACUACUACAGUUACGAUAGCUUUGAGGUUUCGGAAAGUCAAUCUAACCAAAAUGAAACACUAUACGCCAUUGAGUAUCUCAACUCAAUGGAGUUUCCAGGAUUGUCUUCCCAUAAACUCACUCUCAAAGUUGGGGCCCCGAUUAUGCUUCUGCGAAACAUAAACCAAACAAAAGGAUUAUGUAAUGGUACCCGUAUGAUCCUAACCCACAUAGGCGAAAGAGUGCUUAAGGCAGAUAUAAUUGCUGGUUCCCACAUUGGAAAUGAAGUUUUGAUCCCACGAGUGGUCCUUUUGCAUGGGGAUACACAGCUACCGUUCACUUUACGUCGACGCUAG